AUGGACGGUGGCGAUGUGGACAUGGCCGCUGCAGAGACUAACGAAGCAGUACCAGAACUUGAUGAUAUGAAGAAUAGAUUAAAGGAAAUGGAAGAUGAAGCUGCUGCUCUUCGGGAGAUGCAGGCUAAGGUUGAGAAGGAGAUGGGCUCUGUACAAGAUCCUGGUGCGUCUGCUGCUGCAUCUCAAGCCAAUAGAGAGGAAGUAGAUUCUCGAUCAGUGUUUGUUGGUAAUGUGGACUAUUCGUGCACCCCUGAAGAAGUGCAGCAGCAUUUUCAGGCAUGUGGAACAGUAAAUAGGGUCACUAUCCGUUCUGACAAGUAUGGCCAACCAAAGGGUUAUGCAUAUGUCGAAUUCCUUGAGCCAGAGGCUGUCCAGGAGGCUCUCCUUCUGAAUGAGUCUGAAUUACAUGGCCGCCAAUUGAAGAUAACUGCUAAGCGGACCAAUCUACCUGGGAUGAAGCAGUUUCGAGCUCGCCGACCCAGUCCGUACAUGGGGUUUCCACCCAGGGGUGCAACUAUGCCUCCUUAUCUCUUUUCUCCUUAUGGAUAUGGGAAGGUUCUGAGAUACAGAAUGCCAAUGCGUUACAGCCCCUAUGGCUGA